ACCCUUUGUAAACACACAUGGCGAUGACAACUAUUAAUACAUACGUGGCAAGCCACUAUAUAUACAUAGAUAAAUGUCGUUAAUUAACAAUUGAAAGUCGUAGUGUGAGUAUCAAUGCGUGGCAACUUUUGACGUGGUUAUCGCCAACAGUCAAGAAGUCAUAAGAUUAACCGAUACUUCUGUUCUAUAAGACUUUGGAACAGGUUUAAAUCAAAACAUAGCUGAAAUCUAAGCCAGAAAUGUUUUGUUAAACUAUUUUGCACCAAAAUAUGCCAGAAAAACGAAAAAAAAUGGGCACACUACGUGCACUGAUUCUUGUUGGUGGAUAUGGAACACGAUUGAGACCCUUGACUCUUAGUAGACCUAAACCACUUGUAGAGUUUGCUAAUAAACCAAUGUUGAUGCACCAAAUUGAAGCGUUGGUAGAAUCAAAUGUCACUGAAAUAAUAUUAGCUGUAUCAUAUCGAGCUGAGGAAAUGGAAAAGGAGCUUACAGCUGAAGCAGAAAAACUAGGCGUUAGUCUAAUCUUUUCACAUGAAAAUGAACCUCUGGGUACAGCUGGUCCUAUCGCUCUGGCACGUAAAAUUUUAAUGACAAGUGAUGAGCCGUUUUAUGUUUUAAACUCAGAUAUUAUUUGCGAUUUUCCAUUUAAACAACUUUUAGAAUUUCAUAAAAAACACCGCAAAGAAGGUACGAUUGUUGUAACUAAAGUUGAAGAGCCGUCUAAGUAUGGAGUUGUUGUCUAUGAAGAAGACGGAAAAAUAGAGAGUUUUAUCGAAAAACCUCAAGAGUUCGUAUCGAAUAAAAUAAAUGCUGGUAUUUAUAUUUUAAAUCCUAGUGUAUUAAAUAGAAUAGAAUUGAGACCUAUGAGUAUUGAGAAAGAAGUAUUUCCGGGAAUGGCUAAGGAUGGACAGCUGUAUGCAAUGGAAUUACCAGGCUUUUGGAUGGAUGUAGGACAGCCUAAAGAUUUUUUAACUGGAAUGUGUUUGUACCUUGCAUCAUUAAGAGAAAAGUCACCAGAAAAACUGUACACAGGCGAAGGUGUAGUGGGCAAUGUCCUUGUCGAUCCGACAGCUAAAAUCGGUAAAGACUGUAGAAUAGGUCCUAAUGUUACAAUUGGACCAGGUGUUACUUUAGCUGAUGGUUGUUGCAUUAAACGUUCAACUCUUUUAAAAUGUUCAACUGUUAAAGAACAUGCAUGGCUUGAUGGAUGCAUCGUCGGAUGGCGAAGUGUUGUUGGAAGAUGGGUGCGAAUGGAAGGAAUUACAGUACUUGGUGAAGAUGUUAUUGUCAAAGAUGAGUUAUACAUUAACGGUGGACAAGUACUUCCGCACAAAAGUAUCGCCACAUCUGUUCCUGAACCACAAAUCAUCAUGUGACAAUUUAUCAAUUAUGAAAUUUAAAGAUGUUUUUAAUUAUUUUAAAGAGACAUUUGAGUCUCUCUGCAAGAUAUUUUUUUGUUGCCAGAAAAAAUUAUUUGACUGAGA